GUCGACUCUGUGGAAGAUCGGCUGGUCAGGCUACCAAAGCGUGCUUGGAAGAAGGCUCGAAAAGCUUAUCGCUACCUGAUCGACGAGACUUCGGGCAGCGCCUACAACCAGUUCCUGACUUCCCAUGCUUCAUUUCUGCGGCGGCGGCAGCGCGACAUCGAGAGCGACAGCUCCGACGAGGCCGAGUGGGAGGAGGAAGAGAACCGGGCGGAGCGGUCGGGACGCCAGAGCUUCAAGGCCAGCUUUCUCGCCAAAGUCUUCUCCUCUGUGAUCGGCUACGGCGCGGACUGGAGGCUGGCCCAAUUCGUCUACGACUUGUGGCUUUGGAGCAGUCUCGGCGGGGCGAAGCAUUGCGGCGGUGUUUCACUGCGUGGCGCAUUGGCUGGGAAGAACUUCUCGCCGACUUAUUGGCAGAACAUGCAUGCCGCGCUUGUGGAUGUCGUGAAGCAGAUCGGCUUCCCCUCCCUCUUCAUCACGGUGGCGCCUUGGGAGCCAUCGGCCCCGUACCACGCGUGGUUGGACGACGAGCUGGGCAAGAUGCUACGCACCCGCACCAAUCUCCCUGCCGCCGAGACGUUUCACCUCGCGCAUCUCCUCACCCAGGUGGCCGAAGGCCUUAUCGCAGGGACGAACAAGCGAAACCUCAAGGCGAGACACCGCUGUUGGAGAGAGCACGUCCUCGCAGCCGCCGAUGGCAAGACCGACACAGUGGUCGAGAUCUUCGGGCGCCUCGAGUUCCAGGAUGGGAAGCGGAAGCGCUAUGCCGGGCCGGCACAAAGCUACCACGGUUCUGGCCGAACUCAUCUGCACCUGUUGGUCUGGUUGAAGAACAUGUCCGCGCUGGACUGGCCGCGCGUCUUGAGAGCAGAUUUAGCGGAAGACGAGCCAGAGAUGCAAGACCUGGUGGCGGGCUCGCAGUUAGACUACGAUAGCAGUGCCUGGCCGCUACACGAAGGCCCGACGACUUUCGAUUCGUCGAACGGCCGCAUCUCGCUGCAUCACCCACGAAAAGCCAAGGCAGCGCACGUGAGGGCUUUCAUGCCAGAUGUCAUUGCAGCCAUGCAGUGCCACAUGGACGUGCAGACCGGCGACGGGCGAGCGUUGCUGCUGCAGUACGUCGCAAGCUACGCAGCAAAAUUCAGCGACUCCUUCGCCACCUCCUGGUUGAACGACGAAGCCUCGGCCUACCACUUGGCUCGGAGGAUCUUGACGGAGUACCAUCCUUUGGAGCCGGAGAUGUGGCUGCAGCUGGGCGCGCAGUUCUUCCGCCAAGUCAUCGCAACCCCAGUGAUGCGGCGAGUGAGCGUGCGGUGUCCUUGGACUAGCCAAGUUGGCAUUUGGGAGACAGCGUACAUGGAAUGCACAUGGCGGGAUGAAGACUGCACGCUGCUGCAGUACAUCCGCAUGUCCAACAAGGAUUCCUUUUACGGACAGUGGCUGAUUCUCAACGUGCCUUUCCGAGACAUUGAUGACCUGUGGGACGACCGCGUGCUCCGAGUGCCGGAAGGCUACCGCAUGCUCGCCCUGUGUCUUCUCCACCGCCCCGGCCUUUGGCGCCGACCGCUGGAAGUGAAACACGAACUACAGUUGGAAGGGUAUCGUGACGCGCAUGUUUGCAACAUCCUAGCCAUGUUGGAAGGUCACACGGCCGUCAUCGAUGCCUACCUUUCGGGCCGCUUGGAUUUGCAACAUGAUCCGGAACCCGAUCCCGGCUCCUUCGCAGCACCGGAGCUUGGGUUUCGCGGGGCUCUGGACCCCGAACAAGCCGUCAUCGUCGAGAACAUCCGGGAGAUAGUUCGUUUUUCGAUGCAGAGGCGGUAUCCCGACGAUGCCACGGUAGAAGACCUGCAAGCCUUGAUGGACCGAAGGCCGGAACGGGGACCGCAACGCCCUCUGUGCAUCCUUGGGCCUGCGGGGAGUGGCAAAUCCACAUGUGUGGAAGUGGCGAUAAAGCGUGCUGCAGAAGCUGGUGCGCACGUCGGAGUGGCGUGCCCAACCGGUGUGCUGGCCAGCAGCUACAGAGAGAAAUUCCCCGACCUAGAUGUCGACACCGUCCACGGUAUGUUCCUACUUCACAAGCCGGAGCAUGAAACUUGGGACGCCAUGAUGCCUUUCGAUAUGGCGGUCAUCGACGAGGUCGGGCAGCUUUCCGAAGAGCAUUUCGAGCGGCUGCUGCGACUUUGGGACCAUACAGAGAGGCGGACGGUCUUGGUGUUCGUGGGAGACUUCCACCAGCUGCGGGGAAUAG